AUGACAUCCUCCCGUGGAGAGAGGUUUUCUCAAGAGAUGUUGGUCACUGACAGUGUCAAGAGCCAGGGCAAGUGGCUAACACAGGACGAAAGGAUGUGGGAAAAACAAAGGCCUCCACAGACCUUCCUGAACUCCGGAGGAGGCGGCGCAAGAGCGGUAAGCGCGUAGCACCGCCCCCGCCGCCGGUGAUGCCGCUCAAGCUGCCGCCUUGGCGCAUGCGCGGCAAGUGCGCAGUCACGGCGCAGCGUCUUGUUCUCCGAGCCUUCCGCUCCUGCGCCGCUCGUCGCCAGCAGUGCCAUGGCUGACCCGCGCUUGAAGCAGAUCAGGAUCAAGAUCGGCGUCGUGAGGCGAUUGGCAAAAGAAAAAGUUAUGUAUGAAAAUGAAGUAAAACAGCAAGAAGAAAAGAUUAAAAAAAUGAAAGCUGAAGCAUCUGAUGAUUAUGGAAUUAAGAAGCAGAUUGAGCUCUUACAAGAGUCGCAGAUGAUGAUUCCAGACUGCCAGCGCAGAUUAGAAGCCGCACAUGCAGAUCUUACUCAGCUACUAGAAAAAGAAAAAGAAUUGGAAGAAGCCGAAGAGUAUAAAGAAGCACUUUCCAUACUGGAAUCAGUGAAGCUGGAAGCCUAGAAAGUUUUUCAAUACUCUCUCUUUAUAUGCAUUAGCACUGAGUCCAUUCCACACUUUUGUUUGACUAUGGCUCUAUUACUAUUGUUGACUUGCUAAGGUUCCCUUUAUGCAAACUGGCCUUUCUCUAACUGCAAGAUGCAUCAAAUAAAGGAUGUUCUGAAACAUCUGUGUGUUCCAUAUUCAGACAAAAUAUAAAUAUUUCCAGUUGAUCUAUACUACAAAAAAGUAAAAA